AUGAUUCGGGGUCUCUCGUCGCACGCCAGUGGACGCCGUCGUUUUCUUUUUUCCUAUUUUUGUAAGAUUGUGUACGUGUUUUAUGCCCGUCGUGCGCGUCGUCGUCAAGCUUCUUCAGUCCAGCUUUACCGUCAUCUUGUCCGAGGGCCACAGGAGGCAGUCCCUCGGGAAAGUCAUCGUGCCCAUCGCCAGGAUACCGACCAAGGCGACGACGACCAAGAACGCCGCGGUCACCGUCGCCGUGGCCAUCCGGCGGAAGUUCUGAGCCUCAGCCGAGGGGGAGUCGCCCCCGCCCUCGGCCAUCCUCCUCCGCGCCGUCGCCGUCUCCGGCGCCUUACCCCGUCGGCCGAGCUCGAGCGGGCUCACCGUCUCGUCGUCGCACGCGAUCGCGACGUAGACGGCGGACCCAACCUCCGGCUCGACGUCGAACUCGGGAACUUCAGCCGAUUCGGCCGAUUCGACCCCGGCGUACGUCGACGCGGUUCGCCACGCCGACACCCGCGACGCCGCCGCCGCGAAGACCAGCCUCGACGCGGCGACGUGCUCCGGAGAUCCCACGCCGUGGGCGUUCGCCGCCAGACCCGCGCUUCUCAGCUCGGCGAGGUACGGCGGGACGCGAGCCUCGGGCGUCGGUCGCCGGAGCAGGCACGCCAACUCCCUCGCGAGCCGCCAACGCCAGUCGUCCGCGUCCUCCCCGGGCCGCCACGGCUCGAUGACGACGCCGCCGAGAUCGUCGAACCUGAAACCCCACCUCCCACCCUCGGCGGCGUCGUCGUCGUCGGUCGCGGCGCCGUUCAGCGCGGCCCCCGCGAGUGCCGCGACCCUCUCGAGCACGUCCGCCUCGACGAUCAGCCCGUCGUCGUCGCCGCCGCACCCGUCGUGCGCGAGGAGGUUGGUGGAUCCCUCCACCAUGUCGACGCGGACGACGUCCCACGCGGCGUCGCAGACCCGCGGGUUUUCCACCGGCCGCGCGUGGAUCACAGCCCCAACACCAUCGGUGCUCGUUUCGAUCGCGGAGCGCAUCGUCUCGCGGGUCCCCGCCGCCGCGCCCCUGACGCGAAGGACCACCGUCGCGCCCGGAUCGCGAAAGAUGGCGGUCGGGUCGAGCAGCGAGUCGAGCUUGUCGGACGUCGACGAGUAGAUGCCCGCCGAGGGUGGGGGCGCGUGCGCCACCGUGGUUAUCACCGCGACGAUGUCCUUCGGGCGAAGGACGCACACCUUCGGGUCAACACCGGCGGUCUCGGGGUCCGCGCACCGGUCGGCAUCUCGCAGCCGAGGGGCGCCCGCGCGGUCGUCGACGACCAGAACCGAGCCCGACGACUGCGCGGCGGCGGGCGCGAGGCACGCCGCGAGGACGCACGAGGCGAGCGCCCAACGCGCGAGAUUAUGACACGAGUGUCGAGAUCCGAGAAACAUCGGAGCGCGGGUCGGGUCCGCCGCCGGCCGAUGCCCCGGAGUUGUCUGCGGCGGACGGUGGACUUGUCGGUUGUUGUUUUUCCGAUGGACUUUGUUUUUUCUUGCCCCCUGCCGGCUCGCUCGCACCCGCGACGAGCGCGAUUUUUUAUUUUUUUUUUGGGGGGGGGAUGGGGUUGCCCUCGGGUUCAAUCGAGGCGGGAAAUCCGGCGAGUUGGCAAUCGGGGUGGGCGACGAAAUCAGCGUAUGAGCAUUUAG